AUGGAAAAAAAUUAUAGAACCUUUCUUGAACAACUCUGUGAGCAUGUUUGCAAAGAUAUAGAUAAUAAAAGCUAUGAAGAAAUUAAAGAUCUACUUAAUAGAUGCCUAGCAUUCUCCAUGAACAAAUAUUUUCAAGGAGCAUUUCGCGAAAACACUAAAGAAAAUGAUGCCGCAGAAGCUUUUAAAUUUACUGAUUUUAUGGGGGCUGAAUAUAACAUCAAAGAAAAUGACGAUGGAACUUUAAUUAAAUCAAGCCCAGCUUUAAGCUUUAGUUUGAUUAAAAAAACGAUACACCCAAAUGAAAAUUCUAAAGAAUGUAAAAAUGAAAACUUACAUACACCAAUAGAAACUUCCAAGAUAUUUAGGAGUUAA